GGGAUCCCCACGGGUCAUCCACAGGACUUAAUCAACCCCAUUUUACUCUCCACCAUCCUGCACGACAUACGAGUAUAUAUAUAUUUCCUCACAAUUCUCGGAUCAUGGGAUUAUAUGGAACGCUUAUCACCCCUGUGCCAGUACUGCCACUCGUACUCGCGCAUUGCUUUAUACAUCGCUCCCCCUCCCCACCCAGUAAGUCAAUCCCCACCUCCCCUCCCCUCCCCUCCGGAGUCCUCUCCAUAACACCUCAGCGCGAUACCACUCCUCCAGAAAGCAUCCACCCCGACCACUACGUCGCCUAUCGCAUCCCACAAUACGAAUACCAUCCCAACCCCUCCCUCCACUCUCCCCACCACCACCACCACCAUACAUCCCAUACCCGCUGGGCGAUUCCCAGAUGCCUCGAUGACCCACUUCAGUUUACCCGUUCGCACCCGCACAUAAUACCCUCGAUAGAUGAGGCGAUGCUUACUGCAGAGUGCAGCAUAUCGCCGAUGAAGCCGCGCCGGUUCCAAAAGUGCGGGCACAUCAGCCAAAGCUUAUAGCUUAUAGCAGCGAACGCGAGUAAGUUUUUAUUUUAUUUUUAUCUACCCCUCAGGGAGAUAUAGAUCCAGUGAACUGUACAGUAAGAGCAGACAUACGCAACGAACGAUACUUCCGUAUCCAUCGUGAUACAUACGAGUACAAGAGAGAGAGUGUGUGUGUGUAUAUGUAUGUAUGCGCGAUAUCACUAGAUAUCACUCGAUAUCUCGUCCAGUGUCCCGGACGAUAGCUAGAGCACGGUAAGGUAUGUACGAUACAGUACUUGCACUGCAUCUGUACCACCAACCGCACAAACGCACUGCUCCCCGAUGGCACCCUACCUACCGCACCAUACAACUAAUCCCGCAGAUCGAGUUUUUUUUUUCUUUUCCGGCUUUCAUCCCGUGCGCUGGGCGCUGUAUUGUAUCGUAUCGUACAGUCGUGCUGUACGUACUAGUACAAAUUACCUUUUCUCUACUCGAGUAUUGUACCCGAGUAAGUUACAUACAGUACUAUACCGAUUGCCCGCUCCGCAUCCAUCCCCCGCCCCGCGCUUACGAUGGGAUGCGGUGGGUGAUUUAAGGGGAUUGGCGUUGCUUAAACCCUUUCUUUCUUUCUUUCUUGCUGGGUUGUAUGAUAUAUCGUUCGUUCGUCCUGUGAAUGCGAAUUGAUGAAAUUUGCUUGGGAAGGUUGAUGUUUAUCCAGCUUGGGCGGUAGGUGUGAAUGGACUUCAUGAGCAUUAUUUCUGUUAUUGUGAUAAUGUUAUGAUAAUAUUAUCAGAGUAAUAUUGUUAUCGUUGAUUCUCGUUGUGUGUUCUGGGUGGGGUUUACCGAUGGGGUGAGGUUGAGGUUAGGGGUGCGGUUCGGGGUAUAAAAUGGUAUAUCAUACGUUGGGUGGUCGUUAUAUAUGGGUUAGGGUGUGAACUGGGAGUGGGUAUGAUAGGGUGUGAACUGGGAGUGGGUAUGAUAGGGUGUGAACUAGGGAGGGAGGUCAGUGACACCUCUCUCUCGCUGUGGAGGAACUUGGCGCAACUCGUGAGGGCUAUGGUAGAAGGGCUAUGGUAUUUAUCAGGGGUGGGGAAUUUGAGGAUUUGGGACAUUUGGGAGAUUUUUAGCUUGAGGGACGGAGGCUUCAAGGCAUGGACGAAAUAAUGGCAAAAGAAGGCCCUCGAUUUUACAAAGAUACCCAUCCCCAAGAUCUAUAUGUGAUUUAUUUAUUUUUACUUUUAGACUAAAUUACACGCCCUUACCUUAAAACCGCACCAGUAAUUGUGGGAGCUGCAAUCCCCCCACCACUCACCCCCUCAAAGACUAAGGCGACACCACUAUCGUAUAUAUCAUUAGCAUUUGAUCCAACCUCACAAUCAAAAAAAUUCAAAAAAAAGACACUCGAAAGGGCGACAUACUCAUCGCCAGCCGUGACAAUCCUCUCUGCAGUCUGUACAAAUCCCAAUACGCCACCUUCACCCUCCGCAGCAUUCCCACCAAGAUGGCCCCUCCAGCAUGACAGCUCAGUCCCAGCGCGGGCAUCCCAUUGCCGUACCGUGCCGUCAACCCCGCAGCUGGUCAAGAUCCAUCCAUCCAUCUUUGCGAACUCUACUUUGACAACGGCUUCAUGGUGGCCGCCUUCCUCGCCAAGGGUUUUCCGAACCGGGUACCCGCGCCCGGCGUCGUAGAUAACGAUUUUGCCAUCUACUCCUCCGGAGGCGAGUAAUGGCUGCGUAGGAUGGAAGCUGAGGGACUCGACGCUCUCAGUGUGUGUAUGUAAUGCUGCGAGGAUCUGGCCUGCCUGUCCACCGCCAGCUGAUCCUCCACCCCCAGCCUGUGGUCUUCCAGCGGUCCUGCGUGCCCCCGCGGCAGCUUGCGAAGUAGGCAUUCCAACAACACGCAUUUCCCCCGUCGCCCCACCAACAACAGCGACAGAGCCGGAAGGGCUCAGAGCGACAGAGUAGAGUCCCCCCUCGACCGCGAACCUCUGAUCCGCCGCCGUCAGCGCAACAACGGACUUCCCAGCAUCCACAUCCCAAGCAUAGAAACUCCCAUCUUCAGACACUGUCACCAGCAAUCUCCCAUCUGGUGUCCACACACCCGCGGUACACGACGCCGUAUGCGAGGUGAGCACUUGUUUAAUAGUGAGUUUCCCCGCACCAACAUCGACAGAGUAAACCCAUACAGAGCCGUCGUUCGCACCCAGCGCGAAGGCGACCUCGCUCGGGUGGGCGGAUAUCCAAUUCACCUCCUGCACCUCCUGCGCCUCGUCCACCAUUCUCCAGUUCUGCGCGGCGUCGUAGACCUGCAGUUUCCCGUCCAGUCCCCCUGUCACGGCGAAUUGGCCAAUUCGUCCCAGGAACGCCGCUGUGGAGACUGAAUCCUUAUGCCCUGCGAGGCGGGCGAUGACUUUUCCUUCCCGUGGGAUUAUCUUGGCUUCCUCGGGAUCGGAGGGAACAUGGUCUGGUGUCCAUACGUACGCCAAGUCGUCACCACCACCGGUGAGAAAAAUGGAUUUAUCCGUUGGGUGCGCGACGAUGGAGAAUAUGGACUCGCCGUGCUUGUCAAAGUAGGCCUUUGCGUCGUUUACUAGGUUCACUUCCAUUGGCUCAUCGCCAUCGCUGUCCGAGUCCAUGGGUACAUCGCCGUCCGCGUCCUCGACGACUUCUUCGGCUUCAUCUGGGUUGAUUAUUGUGGCUUCUUCAGGGUCUUCCGAGUGAUCUGUGUUUGUGCUUGCUGGCAUUUUUCUUCUUACCGCCUGGAGGGGAGGAGCGGGGGGGAUAGCUAUUGUGGGAUAGGUGGUCUACCGGUAGUGGAUUUGGGAAUCUGGGGAGGGAGGAACGGUGGGGUACGGUAGUUGCUGAUACCCAGAGCCGCAAUGGGGGUUUUUUUUUCCCCACGGGUGCGUUGCUGGAUUUGGUUGAUCCGUAUCCCUGUUUCCUUCUUUUGAGAUGGUGAUGAGCCUGAAGGUUUCUUCCGUCCGAAUUUUGUGUAGGGAGGAACCCCAACCUCAAUAUUCGCUUCACGAUAGAAACUUAGGGCACCGUCCAU